AUGUUUCAUGGGACCGGCGGCCUGUCAGAUGAGCAGCGUGGCAAGCUGAAGUCCCUGCUUACAGAGCAUGGAGUGCCCAGCGAACAGCUUGAGGCCCGUGUCACGGCCUCAAUAGAGCGUGUAGGUGCCACUUUCAUUGCUGCAGCUCUCCUUGCCAAAACACCCUGGCAGUCCCUCAAGGCUGCGGCUUCUCGCCCAGGCGUUAGCUUCAGAUGGGUCACACCUGAGGAGCUCCAGCAACACAUUCUUCUCCGCACCGAGCAGAAAUUUGGCGCCACUGUCCCGCAUGCCAAAAGUAAAAAGAGCAAAGGGAAGAGCCACAUGCCUUCGCAGUCGGUAGGUGCCCAGGCUACGGGUGUUUGCUUUUGCAGCCCGGCGCAAGCUGCCCCGUUCAUUGCAGAUGCUCAGUCACUGAGUGUGGGAGCCUUGGGUCUUUUGAUCACUGCUGAAGUACCUCCUGACUCGCAGGGGUCAGCACGCGUUUCCUCCCUCCGGUUUCCAGCUGUGUACGGCCCUACCAACGAGGCCGUCCUCGUGACAGGGUCCCUUCUCCAGUUGGGGGACGAGGAGGUUCAGAUUGCCCAAGGUGAGGUCACAGAGAUCGAGUCAGUCGCCGCAGCAGUGUGCCGGCUGAGCAUCUUUCAGGAUGAAUGGCGGCACGAGUGGCAGCAGAUAGUUGAUGCCCCUAUCCGCACGCUGCUUCAGCACACACCUGAGCUUGCGUUGCGCAGGGACCCAGCCUGUCCCCAAACCCAGUGCCAUGCGUAUCACGCUGCAGUUGAUGAAACUGUGGAUCAAUUGAUUGUUGAUCUGUGGGGGCGACGCUACUGCAAAGCUGCAGGUGGAAAAGUCCCAGCUCCAGAUGCCGAAUUGUUCCAAGUGUACGUUCGAGUGCCCACUUCCGCAGUCACCCAUCUUGUUCGGUUGCAAAAACCUGGUUUGUAUGUGGAGCCUCGUGCGGCAGAUGGCUCAGGCCUUGCACCUUCUCAGAACGACCGAGAAAGCUGUGUCUUUGGCGAGGAUCAAUUGCCGCUAUGGUCUGAGAGUGAAGAAAGCGACGAGCGCUUCGUGUACGAAAAGUUGCGCCCAGGGCAGGAGUUUAUCAAAAUUAGGAUCCUGCACAAAUAUAAGCUACACCCACUGCCACAUGGGUAUCAGCGCGCCUCGGUGCUGAAGCUGCUGCGCCAAUGGGCUUGGGCUGCAAAGCCAAUGCAGCCAGAUAAAGGAGACGCUGUGGGUUGCAGCUGGAUUGUUGGUGCGGCUGACGACCCGCCGCAAUUUGCGUUGCCACUUCAGGAUGCCUUUGUGUUGGUGACGAAGCUUAGCAGGGCCUCAGGUGCCAAGCCACCCCCACCCGUGUUUGCCAGUGCUCGGACUAAACGUCAUAUUCUAUAUGACGAUCCUGAAUCCGACCCUGCAGCAGACCCGUGGCUGCAUGGGAAGGACCCCUGGUCCAUUGCCCAGGCCACAGUUGGCAGUGCUACAAAGGCCGAUACUCCCAUGCCGGCUGCCGUUCAGACCAAGUGGCAAGCCAUGGAAAACGGGCUGAAGAAGGAGGUCCAGUCAAUUGUGCAUCAGGAGAUUGAGGCCAAAGGCAAGGAGCUACAUACAGCCAACUGGCCUCCGGGCGUUGCAACUUUUGCAGAGACACAGUUGUCAGCACAGUCUUUCCCUGCCACGCGCAACACACUGCAAAGGCUAGCCCGGCAGCAGCACCGCAAGCUCCGUGUCCAUGCAAUGCCUCAUGCUCCACUGCGUCCCGGUUCCAAUUGGGCCGGCUCCUGGGUUGGCGUUCUUCAGGUCUCUGAUUAUCCUUCUCGGGCCCUGCGUUUGCCAUGGACUCCAGGUCUGUUGGACACGGGCAGGAUAAUGGCUGCGCAACACUUCUUGGGCUCGCGUGUGGUGAGUGUUGUCACCUUGUACGGUUACGCUCAGGGUCCCACCUGGCCGGACUCUUUGGCACGCACCAACCGAAUGCUUGCUGCAGUCACUCAGGAGAUUGUGAUAGGCUGUCGCGGGAUCCGAGUGGUUACUGGCGACCUGAACCACACCCUCGACUCUCUUGAAGAGACAGCGGUCUGGCGCAGCUUAGGCUGGGUGGAAGCUCAGGAGCUCGCUUUUCAGCGCUGGGCCCAGCCCAUCCAACCUACCUGCAAAGGUAGCACCGUCCGGGACUUUGUUUGGCUCUCUCCAGAGGCCGCAGCCUUGGCCAGGGCCGUGCAUGUGUUUGAUGUUUUCCAAGAACAUAGCACUGUUCGUGUCACUCUGUCUCUGGGAGAUGCCGAAGUGUCCUCAUUUGAGUGGCCUUUGCCCACUGCCAUUCCUUGGCAGGACGUUAGUGUUAGUUCGUGGCAAGCCUCUGCCACACCCUCUCCUCAGCCCGCUGCCUGCCCCACCGCACGUAUGCGACAGAUCGGGGCUGUGUACGAGCGCAGUCUGCAUGGCUAUGUCCACGGGGUGCCAGGCAAGCAACUUCCCACCAUGUGUUAUGGACGCUCCAAACGCCUCGCCCCGCAGCCUCUUGCCUCGCCAACUGUCGCUCCUAGACCUAGCCGACAGGGCGAAGAUGUGCUGCGCUGCGACUUGUUAGGCGCGCAGAUCCGGCGUUGGUUUGCCCAGCUACGUCGCAUCCAAAGCCUCGCGCAUUCGGUGCGUGCAGGGUCUGACGCUGCAUCCGCCAUCGAACAUCGUGUGCAGCUUUGGCGCGCAAUCACCUUCGCCAAAGGUUUCAAAGGCGGUUUCCAGACGUGGUGGCGGCAACGCCCCGUGCAGCUCCUUGGCAGCCCUGCCUCCAUUGAUGCUGGAGUGCCCACUGCGGCAGCCGUUGAUGCCAUCCUUCUUGAUUUUAGAUGCAAUUUUCGGAAGCUGGAAGCAUGGCACGUUGCACAAAGGGCGAAGGUCCUCAGGAGCAAACACGAUGCCUCCAAAAGUGCACUUUUCCGAGAGCUUCGCGACCCUGCCCCGGAACAGGUGGAUGUGCUGGUUCUACAGCACGUGCGCUCUGUCCUGGCAGUUGACCCUGAAACGCGGGCCGCGCAUCUCGACAUGGCUCCGGAUACCAGAGGAUGCUCAACCUGGACGGUCAAUGGUGUGGCUUUCGAACCCUCGUCUUUGGAGGGAGAUGUUUGUGUUCCGCCUCAGGGUUUCGACUUAAGCACCGAAGAAGACAUUUGUCAGGUCCAGACCCUUGCGGAUGUGAAUUCGAUACAUUCUGAAUUUGUUUCAUUCUGGUCUCAUUCUUGGCUGAAGCACGCCAACACCGCCCCUGAGCAUUGGCAGCGCUUCCUGGCUUUUGCCACAGCCUUUUUGCCGGCCGGCACACUUGCUCUCGACCCCAUCACUGAGCAACAAUGGCGGCGUGUUUUGCGCCGCUUCAAGUCGUCAGCUGCCCGCGGCCCGGAUAGCUGGGCCAUUGCCGACCUCAUUAACAUGCCCAGCUACCAACUACAGGAGCUCCUACAACUAUUGAACGCCAUAGAGGGUGGUUCAGAGCAGUGGCCUGCACAGCUCCUGGUGGGUUUCGUGUGUCUCCUGUCGAAGCGCAACGGCCUCACUGGUGUUAAGGGGUACCGUCCCAUCGUCCUGUAUUCCAUAAUAUACAGAGCAUGGGCCAGCUUGCGUGCCAAGCAAGUCCUACGUUACCUAGGGGAAUUGAUUGAUCAUGAGGCUUAUGGCUUUCUGCCGCGCCGUGAGUGCGUGCAGCUUUGGUUUAGUGUUCAGGUGCAGCUUGAACUUUCGUUUUUGGGCCAAUACGAAGUCAACGGCAUGAGCACAGACUUGAUUCGCGCAUUCAACCAGCUCCCCCGUUGCCCUUUGCUCCGGCUGGCGCAACAUGUGGGCCUACCUUCCUGUGUGGUUGGGCCAUGGCAGUCUUUUCUGGGUAACAUGACCCGCAGAUUCCUUAUCCGCGGGCAAGUCAGCCCGGAGGUCGCAUCCACAAAUGGAUUUCCAGAAGGAUGUCCUUUAUCUCCAGUGGCUAUGGCUUUGGCGGUGUGGAGCUGGCAUACCUAUCUGCAUGCGUUUGCCCCCGGAAUCCGCUCAAUGAGCUAUGUGGAUAACUUGGCUUGCGCAGCCGACUCUGUUGGCGGCGUGGCGCAAAGUCUAAACCCCACGGGCUGCUUUUGCGAUAUGCUUGACCUGUCUUUGGAUCCCGCCAAGACCUUUGUUUGGAGCUCUCAGCCACCCGGGAGAAAGGCUCUCGCCUCUUUGGACUUGCGGGUUUGCACCCACGCACGUGAACUGGGCGGCUAUCUUUCCUUUCAGCGCUCCACCCACAAUGCUGAGCUCGUGGCCCGAUGUGAGGGUCUUGCACCGCUCUGGGACCGCCUGCGGCGCAGCACGGCCCUUCUCGCAUACAAGCUUGCUGUUUUGCCAGGAAAAUGCUGGGCACACGCCCUUCAUGGCUGCCCUGGAUGCCCACUUGCUGAGCAGCAGCUCCAGCGCCUACGUGCCUGCGCUACCAGAGCGCUUCGCAUUCGGCCUGCCGGGGCUUCUUCCCUUCUACGCCUGUCAGUGGCGCCCAGCCGCCUUGCGGACCCGGGAUUUUAUCAGCUUUGGGUUUGUGUUCGUGAUUUCCGCAGGAUGGCAUGCAAGCCGCCAACAUUUCUGCUGCAGUGGCGGGUGUUCAUGCAGCAUUUCCAGGGUGACCUGUACCAGGGUCCGUGCUCAAAGCUGCUGGCCGUCCUGGCCCAGGUGCAAUGGAGCGUACUGGACCCGCCAUGGGUGCGCGAUCAUGAGGGCCUGAGGCCUGGUUGUGGCAUGUUAGCGCCCAGAUGCGUCAUGUCUGACUUGCUGGGGGUUGACCUUGAUCUUCUGGACCUUGACUCCAGCCGCCUCAGCCCGCUGAAUAGUGCUCGCCCUGGCUCGGUCCGGGCUGGGGCUUUUCUUUUUGGGGCAGCCCACUCCAAGUAUGACAACCGUCAAAGCGGGAUGUGCCACAUCUGCUCCUUGCCCGAUACAGUCGAGCACCGCAUACGGUUUUGCCCCAAGUACGUGCAUUUGCGUGCCCCGGUUCCAUGGUUACUGGAGUGCUGGGACGACCUUCCUCAGUGCCUGAUGCACCACUUAGUGCCUCCAGCUAAUCCGCAUGCACCGCCUUUGCGCGCAUACCUGCACGAGCAGCCUGACUUGUCACACAAAUUUCUUUCAGCCCCAGCUUCGGCCGAAUGGCAGCACGUCUUUACGGAUGGCUCUUGCCUCUUCAGCGAGACCUCGGAUCUUGCCCUUGCAGCGUGGGCUUGUGUCAACGCCAGUAGUGGGCAGAUUGUUGCAUGCGGGCCACUCCCGGGCAUCCUUCAAACCACUCCUAGAGCUGAGCUUUCUGGGGUCGUUUCUGCACUUCGCUGGGCUUUGACCUUUCGGGUUUGCCUUGUUCUGUGGGUUGAUGCUUUGUGGGUUGUUCAGGGUCUGCAGUUGCUUGUCAGCGGCCAUGACUGGGCUCCUCAAGAAAAUUGCGACCUCUGGACGGUCAUUGCGUCACUUCUGCAACAGCUGGACGACGGCUGCAUUCGAGUGAUGCAUGUGCCAUCUCACCUGGACCGGAGCCUGACGACUUCGCCCUUCGAAGACUGGCUCGCUCAAUGGAAUGGCGCAGUGGACAUCCUGGCAGGUCUUGUCAACCGCAAUCGCUCAGUUCAGUUUGCAGCGGCCCACUCAGCAGCUUUCCGUUGGCACCUCAAGCACCAGAGCGCUCUCCGAGCUCUACGAGACAUUUUCUUUGGCAUCGCAGACAUGUCUCCGGCACCGACACCAAACGAAGACGAGGAUGCAGAUGAUGCCGAGGCCGUUCCACCGAGCGCCGUGGAGCGCACCAGGGAUCUGCAGGAUGAGGCACCUCUCAAUUGGCGUCAGCUGCUCAUGGUCUCCGCGGCUGUGACAAACCUUGCCUUCCAG